GACAUUGUAUUCUGACACUUUACAUAAGAGCUAAGAAGGAUGGAGUAGGGUUUCGUUUAGAUAUUAUGAUAAACAGGACAUUAUUACUGAGAACAUAACACUCUCUGGAACCAGUAUACACGAAAAAUCGUAUAUAAUGGACGUGAAGAGGUAUAGAGGAAAACUGGAACCGAAAGAUGCCUGGACGAUUGUUCGUAUGGAAGGACGUUUUGAGCUAAUUCCUUCUAGUGAAGACAAUUUUGAUAUCCUUGAUCCGAUCAUUUCUAAAGACGUUAAUACCAUAAUCAUUGUAGAUACUAAAUUUGACAAAAAAAGUGAUAUUAUCAACACGUCUACAUCCGACCUUAGACUUCAAGUAGAGAUGUUUCUACUCAGGGAUGGCGUUGUACCUACACACGUCCGUAAUGACACUGUUUUAUACGUUGAUGCUGCUAACCUGUUACAGGUAACGACUGAUGUACAGAAUCUUUUGCAUUCAUCUUACAGAGCUAAAGUAAGUGGAGAGGUUUCGACUUCGAUGAAAAGAGAUGUAUUCCCGAAUAAUGGCCUGGUAGGAGCAAGUUGCAAGUACGAAUCUCCUCUUCAAACCAGCACGAUUGUGAACUGUAGCGCUGACAGUAGACUAAAUAGAAAUGAAAAUAUAAAGAUAACGAUGUACUACGAUAUUGGUAGGCAGCGCCUUAUUCCUGGAAUGGACCUUAGUAAAAUGAAGGAAAGCGUAAAUAUUUCUAUGCGUGCUGACCAGGCUAAUUUAGACGGUGAUACUAGCAACAAUGACUUCAAAAGAACAAUUUCAGUGAAAAUGAAAUAUGCUGUACAUAUACAGGCAGACAAAGAAACGUCAGAUCAAGUAAGAUACAAGGCUGAUGAAAAGAGCACACAUAUGCUUCGUUUGAUUCAUAGAUACAUCGUUACUAACGAAGGACCUAGUUUUCUUCCGAAGACAUAUGUAAACAUAACAAUACCACUGUCCAAGGAAAAUACAAAGUUUGCUAGAAUUGUGGAAUUGCCUUCGAAAUGUGUGUACCACGGAUCAAUUAUAGUUGAGGCUUCUACACAAGCAUCAACCACGGCGAAAACAACAAAAUUCUCACUUCCUCCUGACACAAAACCAGAACGGAGACGAAGAGAAGCGGAACAAGCGGCACAAACUACAAAAAGUAUUGGAGAGAAAUCAAAACCAACAUCCAAAAAUAAUAUAAUGUGCAACGACGACUAUUCUUGUGAGGUGAUAUAUUGUGAAGUACUAAAUCUGGAACACAAUGAACAACACAUCAUCGAUAUCAAACUGGAUGUUUUUGAAAAAGAACUUGCCAAACAAAAGGAAUUCCUUGAAAUACAUUACGCAACAAACGCAACCGUUACAGAUCCAUUUAUUUGGUACGGUGGAAAAGUUGUUCCGUGGGAAAAAACUGUAUAUGCUGAGAAAUGGACAACAUUUGUUGUAGAACCUUCAACUGUUGUAUUAGAGGUGGACAUUUGGAUAAUUAUAGGAAGUGCUUUUGGUGCCCUCGCUUUUCUUAUCAUUGUUAUCAUAAUUCUUUGGAAGUGUGGAUUCUUUGUGCGGAAGAAACACAAUGAGGUUCAACAAUGGAAGCGCGCCAGAUUGUACAUCCAUUAGCAUAUCAGAUUGUCAAAUAACGAAAAACAAGCUUAUACUACAAUGGAGGAAAAAGAAAGUUAAACAACUAGUUUGCAUGUACAUUUAUUACGUCAGUUAAAAUGCUAGUCUUAACAUUCGCCUUACUCGAGUGGUUUUGUUUUAAUUUGGAAAAAAGGCUUCGUAAAUAAAAUGUAGAUAACAUUUUGUAAAGAUAAUUAUUUCUUGAGCAAAUGCGUCGACUGGUUAAAGAUCCUGUAUGUUUUGUGAUUAAUAUUGUUACUGUGUGUAUACCACACUUGCAAAAAUUAUAUAUGUAUAUAAUUAUGCAAAUAAAACAAUUUUCAAACAUCAAAAAAAUGUAAAAUGAGUAAUGCAAAUAAUUGUGCACAUUAUAAUUAAUCAAUAAAUUACAUGCAUUCAUUUCGUAUUGGAUUCGACUUCGAAUUUAUAGAAAAUAAAUUUCUAAUUACCUCCCUUUAUUUACAUGAAAUGCUAAAUUCGGUAAUAUUUUUAUAAAUAAUUCGGCAAUAUCUUUAUAAAUAAUGCUUAUUUGAACUUACAAUAUUGAAAAAUCUUAAUAUGGGCAUCAUAUUUAUGAAAUAAAACCAUGACAAAAAAUGUGUUACAGGAUCUUUAAAGUAUUGUGUAUGUUCGAGCAAUAAUUUGAAACACUUAACCAUACAUUUCUUACCCAGCAUGUAUUAUUUCUGAAAAUAUGUUUUGUGUUACUAUAUGUUUUUGCUUGUAUCUGUGGAAUCAAGUUUUGCCAGAUGGACUGAGCUCAUUAAAUGGACUCCAUUUAGGCUUUACGACAAGAAGGGACUGAAAAUAAUUUUCCGAGAUCAAUGUUCCAUUUGAUGUAGGUCUAGAAAAAUAACCUGUCUGCUAAAUUUCAGAUCAUUCGGUUACUCCGUUUUUUUCCUGAAUAAUUAUCCUAAUUUUGAAAACGACCCAAAAUUGAAAAGCGUUGCAACGCUUUUAACUCAAAUCGGGCUGAGAAUAGCACAAAAGUACGAGUUUAAUUUUAUUUCUGAGUAUGCUUCUUAAUUAUCGUUUGCAUCUUUCUGUUUUAAGUGUCCGGAUUUAUCUAUGUAUUAAGUAAUUCAAAUGUUAAGAUUGUAGGCUUUUGGACCUCAGUGGAGUCCCCGUAAGGUGUGGCGCACUGUUUUAAAACCAUUGAUCUCUGAAAUAUUGUCUAAGUAAUUGUCCUUUGUAUUUUUUCACAUUAAUUUUAUUCUUUUUCGGUAGCAAAUCUGAAGAAGUAUAAGAGAUUCAUAUAUUGAUAGAUCUUAUUAAAGUAAAUCCAUUUUUCAAGAACAAUAAACCUGUUUUUGCAUCGUUUUGGAGUAAUUGUCCUUUGUAUAUUUUAUACUAGUUAUUGCUCUUUUAAUUAAUUUAUUUCUAUUCCUACUUUUAACACGAUUGAAUCGUAAAAUUGUAAUAUUUUAAAAGUGUGACCAAAAGAAACAAAACACGAAACGCUGAUUUGACCAUUCAUGUUAAUAAUCAAAACUUAAGAACAAAAACUU